AUGGCAACCGCCAACACACCUCAACCCAGCUACCAACACCUCAUCAACCACGUCGAAGAGCACGGCUACGUAAUCAUCCCCAACGCCUUCACCGAGGCCGAAAUCGAGGAGGCCACCAGUGAACUCGCCCGCCUCGCAGCCGACGCCGCCUCCGCCGGACCCGCAGGCGGCGAUCGUGCCGGCCGCAACGACUUCGAGGGCCUCAACACCAAACGCAUCUACGCCCUCCUCAACAAGUCCCCCGUCUUCCAAAAGUUCCCCCUCCACCCGGCUCUGCUCGCCCUCAACGACCACUUCCUCGACCCGGGCUUCCUCCUCAACUCCUUCCACAGCGUCUACAUCCAGCCUGGCGAGGCGCCGCAGAUGCUCCACCACGACGAUGGGUUCGUGACUGUCCCGCGGCCGCAUCGUCCGUUUGGCACCGGCGUCAUGGUCGCGAUAGACGACUUCACCUCCACCAACGGCGCCACCGUCGUGAUCCCGGGCUCCCACAAAUGGGGCGACAAGGACGACGACCGCGCGCCCCGCCGCGAGGACGCCGUCCCCGUCGUCAUGGCCCGCGGCAGCGCCGUCUUCUUCGUCGGCACGCUCUGGCACGGCGGCGGGCAGAACACCUCUGACCGUGAGCGUAGGAGCAUGACCGUGCAGUACUGCCAGCCCUGGAUCCGCCCGCUCGAGAACCAGAUCCUGGCCGUCGACUGGGACAAGCUGGACAGCAUGCCGCGGCGGCUGGUGGACAUGCUCGGGUAUGGGAUCGGCUCGCCGUUUAUCGGGUACGCGGACGGGAUUCACCCGUGGAAGGUCGCGCAGAGGCGGAUCAGGGAGCAGAAGGAGCUUCGGGCUGGGUUGCGGUAG